UUAGGUUGUAGUUAAGAUGCUUUAAUCUAAUUACACAAGUUGCGUCCAUUUUACUCGAAUUUCUAACAAUUCCUAGUCCUUGUACCAUUUCGACUGUGAAAAAAAUUAAAAUAAUCCUUGUCCCAGUCGAUUUAGGACUACGUGGUAUACACACACACACACACACAUGUAUAUAUACAUACUUUGUCAUCCCAUAUAGCUCACACAACCCCUCUAUAUUUUCCCAUUUUAUUGCCCAACGUUACUAUUAAUUCAUACUUAGAAGCAUGUCGAUAUACACCCUAGUCAGCCAAAGAAGAAACCCCUACAUUAACCAACCCCAGCUUCCACCAGAUGUGCUUCCGAUCAACUUUAAAUUUUACAAGUUACUCGCACACGUAGGAUCUUUGAUUAAUGAAGAUGGUAUUGAUCUUGCUUCAGUAAUAGUUAUACAACCAACCCUUGUAACGCAAGAAACCAUUAAUGUCGAUCGUACUACGCUAUUGUCUGAUUCUACUAGAGCGCUCGUGGGUGACGUGCUUUCCAGCAUGCUCGUUCCUGAACACGAACUUCCAGCAAUUACUGAAGAAGUAUUCCACAAACUUGCUGGAUUAUCAAGUUCGAACUUGAGCAAUGCUAACAACACCACCAUGCUGCCUAUUUUUGUGGGCAUAAUUGAUGCGAAUUUGCUGAUGCACUCUGUCGGUAGUGAUCCCAUUACCUCGCUGGCCGAUUGGGUUGCGAUGUCGUCGAUGCAAACGUACGAGGCCAGACCUAUUCCUGCAGAUGAAUCGUCCAUUGAGAAUUUGGAGAAAGUGAUAUUUGGUGAAGAAGGUACGAGAGAGCAGCAGCAAACAUCGUGUGUUAUUUGCAUGGAGGACUUUGAGGAUGGUGUUCAAGUUAGUCGCUUGCCUUGCUCGCACUUUUAUCAUGAAGAUUGUAUUGGUCAGUGGUUGAAGACUAGUCACUUGUGUCCCUUGUGCCGAUACCCAAUGCCUCAUGCUUAA